AAGGAAGCAACCAUCCAAAAUUUCAUAGCAUUCUAAUUAUUUCUCUUCUGUUUUUUCACUUCUCUGUAAAGAUAUCCCCUUCAUCUUUCUUUCUUUCUUUCUGUUUACCAGUUUAAUUACUGCCCCAAAGCUUUGAUAAUGGUGUAAAACUCUUUACUGCUGGCACAAACUUCCCUCUCUCUCUCUCUCUCUCUCUCCCCUCUGUUUCUCUCUCUAACUUAAAAUGCUGUGAAAUCUGAGAGCUAAAUUAUAUGCAGAGGGAGAGAGGUGAAAGAUGAGAAUGCUUGUCGUGAAAGAAGAUAGCUUUCAAUGGCCGCCAAUAGGAGCUCCACUAAACAUGCAGAGAGAAGACCAUCCAUGCAGUCCUCCUCCUCCUCCUCCUUCCCCUGCCUUCAACAGCUCUGUCAAUGCGGUGUCUUUUGGGUUCGUAGCCACUGCCAUUCUCAUCUCCAUGUUCUUAGUCAUGGCCAUCUUCGAGAGGUUCCUCAGGCCCACCUCGCCGGACUUGUCGCCGUCUGGCCGCCGUGGCCCCGGAGAUCUUGAGGCACAGAUGGGUAUCAAUGGAAAACUCAGCCACCCUUCACCAAAAAUGACUGUGUAUGCCAGUGGAGUUUCAGUGUUGAUGCCUGGGGACGAUAUCCCCACCUUCAUUGCACACCCAGCCCCCGUGCCGCGCCUCACAGAACAAGUUUUUUUACCUCAACAUCAACACAUUUCAUUGCCAAACCCCCCACCUCAACCUCCGCCUCGAGCAUAAGUGCAAAGUCAAGUUGACGAGUACAAAACCAAACACGAAACGCCCAGCUUUUUUCGUAUCGAAUUCUGUUGACGCAGAAGAAUUUGAAGACCACAACUCCAAAUUGCCCAAUUUUUCUUCAGGCAAGAGCACCAGAUUCUGUAUAUGCCAUUUUCCAAAUGUGAGUUUGAAUCCUUGGAGAUGGAUUUUAAUGCCCAUCAGAUUGAUUUAAAGUCAUAAGUUUCUCUGUAAAGUGUAAGCAGUUUAUGAUUGGUAUUGACUAUUGAGUAAUAUCAGAUUUAUUCAUCCAGUUGUUAUAUGCCGAGGGUAA